AUGGAGUGGGAAGACCAACUUGUGACUUGGAGUCUCAAACAAGGUUACCUGAAUCGUGGGUUGCUUGGGUGCUCCCUUGUAUUUGGGGCAUCUAUUAUGCAGGAUAGGGAUCUAAAUGAGUACAGUCCAUCGGAAUCAAGCACCAGCAGGCACCUAGCUUGCAGCCAUCAGUUAUGUGACCUAGGUGCAAAUAGCAAAAGUCCUAAGCAGCCAUGCCCUUACACUGUUAACUACUAUUUGGAAGGUACGUUGACUUCUGGUUUGCUGGUUGAGGACAUAUUAAAUCUUGCAUUGGGCAGUACUGAUGUGUCCAAUAGCUCUGUGCCCGUUCCAGUCAUUAUAGGACGCGGUAGUAAGCAAAGUGGUGGUUACUUGGAUGGAAUUGCUCCUGAUGGUCUUAUAGGCCUGGGACUUGGAGAAAUCUCAGUUCCAAGUUUUCUUGCUAAAGCUGAAAUGAUUAGGAACUCUUUCUCCCUGUGUUUCGACGAGGAUGAUUCAGGGAGGAUAUUCUUUGGGGACCAGGGUUUAGCUAUCCAACAAACUACUCCAUUUCUUCCUUCAGAUGGCAAAUAUAUUACCCACGUUGUUGGAACAGAAGCAUGCUGUAUUGGUAGUUCUUGUCUUGAGCAGACCAGUUUCAAAGCACUGGUUGAUAGUGGGUCAUCAUUUACAUAUGUUCCGGAUGAAAUCUACAAAAGAAUUGUUCAGGAGUUUGACAGACAAGUAAAUGCUACUAAAUCUAGCUUUGCAGGGUAUCCUUGGCAGUAUUGCUACAAGUCCAGUUCUUGA